GAGAAAGACACAAGAGUAUGUGAACAUCCUCUGUCAGAUAUAGUGAUUGCUGGCGAAGCAGCUCACCCACUACCCCACACUUUCCAUCGCCUCCUCCAGACAAUCUCUGACCUUAUGAUGUCUCUUCCCAGUGGUAGUGCAUUACAGCAAAUGGCCUUACGGUGCUGGAGUCUCAAAUUCAAACAAUCUGAUCACCAAUUCCUGCACCAGAGCAAUGUUUUUCAUCAUAUCAACAAUAUUUUGUCUAAAUCUGAUGAUGGAGAUAGUGAAGAGAGCUUUAGUAUCAGUAUUCAGUCUGGUUUUGAAGUCAUGAAUCAGGAACUGUGUAUAGUGGUUUGUCUGAAAGACCUAACAAGCAUCGUUGACAUUAAAACAUCAAGCCGACCGGCCAUGAUUGGUAGUUUAACAGACGGAUCUACAGAAACAUUCUGGGAAUCAGGAGAUGAAGAUAAAAACAAAACUAAAAACAUCACAAUCAACUGUGUAAAAGGCAUCAAUGCACGUUAUGUGUGUGUUCAUGUAGACAAUUCCAGAGAUCUUGGGAACAAAGUAACCUCAAUGACUUUCCUCACUGGCAAGGCAGUAGAAGAUCUCUGCAGAAUAAAACAGGUAGACUUGGAUUCAAGACAUAUUGGCUGGGUAACAAGCGAACUUCCUGGGGGUGAUAAUCACAUCAUCAAAAUUGAAUUGAAGGGUCCAGAGAAUACCCUGAGAGUUCGACAAGUGAAAAUUCUUGGAUGGAAAGAUGGUGAAAGCAUUAAAAUAGCAGGCCAGAUAUCUGCAAGUGUAGCUCAGCAAAGAAACUGUGAAUCUGAGACGCUGCGAGUGUUCCGGCUCAUUACAUCCCAGGUAUUUGGAAAACUCAUCUCUGGAGAUGCUGAGCCAACCCCAGAACAAGAAGAAAAAGCCCUGUUGUCUUCCCCGGAAGGAGAAGAAAAAGUACACAAUGCAACAUCAGAUGCAGACCUGAAGGAGCACAUGGUAGGGAUCAUAUUCAGCCGGAGCAAGCUGACAAAUUUGCAGAAGCAGGUGUGUGCUCAUAUAGUCCAGGCCAUACGGAUGGAAGCAACCCGGGUGCGUGAGGAAUGGGAGCAUGCCAUCUCGAGCAAAGAGAAUGCCAACUCGCAGCCCAGCGAUGAAGAUGCUUCUUCCGACGCUUACUGCUUUGAGCUGCUGUCAAUGGUUCUGGCAUUGAGCGGUUCCAACGUAGGCCGGCAGUAUCUGGCUCAGCAGCUGACUCUGCUACAGGAUCUCUUCUCGUUACUACACACCGCUUCUCCCAGGGUGCAGAGACAGGUAACAUCAUUACUAAGACGUGUUUUGCCUGAGGUAACCCCUAGUCGUCUGGCAAGCAUUAUAGGAGUGAAGUCUCUUCCGCCAGCAGAUAUAAGUGAUAUCAUUCACUCCACAGAAAAAGGAGAUUGGAAUAAACUGGGUAUCUUAGACAUGUUUUUGGGAUGCAUUGCCAAAGCUCUCACUGUACAGCUAAAAGCCAAAGGAACUACUAUAACAGGGACAGCUGGCACGACGGCAGGCAAAGGAGUUACUACAGUCACGCUUCCAAUGAUCUUCAAUUCCAGCUAUAUUCGGCGGGGCGAAAGCCAUUGGUGGAUGAAGGGUUCAACGCCUACACAGAUUUCGGAGAUCAUUAUUAAACUCAUUAAAGACAUGGCAGCAGGUCAUCUCUCGGAAGCUUGGUCCCGUGUGACGAAGAACGCUAUUGCUGAAACCAUCAUAGCUCUGACCAAAAUGGAAGAGGAAUACAGAUCACCAGUGAGAUGCAUUGCCACGACCAGACUAUGGCUGGCCUUAGCGUCCCUCUGUGUACUCGAUCAGGAUCAUGUUGAUAGACUGUCCUCAGGAAGAUGGAUGGGAAAGGAUGGACAACAGAAACAGAUGGUGGGUCCCUGCGGGAGGCAAGGGAAUAUUGUGCCUUCCUGCUGGCAGCUGAGGACGCUUAGCGCAAAGGAGCCCCCAGAGCAGUUUAGGCAGAAAGAGAACACUGGGGGGAGAGAGCUGCAGCAGCAGCAGCGAGGACAAAAACUCUGCUGCGAGAAGGAAGCAGACACAAAGGUUCCUGAGGUGAUGAAGAAAGUCAGGAGACUUCCGCAGAGCUUUGGAAAUGUCAGACUAGUAGCCGAGACAUCAUACAGCAGGGAUACAAGUUGUUGA